AUGUACUUUUAUCACAUUUUCCUGAUUCAAUUCUUUCAUCGACUCGAAGCUAUUGUUACAAUUUGUCCCUCUACCGUUUUCACAACAAACCAAAUCCUCACUGGCAUCACCACUUUAUCAACGAGAAUCACCAAGCACGCUUGCCUUUUGCGACCCCAAGCCGAUAUCACGAUUGAUCUCUCAACACCUCGGGAUUUGCUGUGCCGUUUUCCAAUGAUUCCAACAAUGUUGGUGAAUGGGUGUUUUGUUGAGAACGUUCACGUGUUCAUCAGUGUCACAAAAUGGGGUAGUGAUCAUUUCGGUAAAUGGUGCACAACCGCAAGACUCGGAUGUGGUCGAUGGGAAUUGGAUCGAUAUCGAUUCGAAUUGACAUGCGAUGAGGAUCCACAAUGGGAAUAUCUCCGUGGGAAUUUGAACAAAAUGAACUUUAUUUAC